AUGGAGGCCAUUGUAUGGCCCAAAGAAGUAGCCUACUUUAGAGAACAUCUUUACGAGGGUAGGGUUUACUUUUUAAAAUCUGUGGAGAUAAUGGAAGUUGAUGAAAAGUUUAAAUUAGUCCCAUACUGCUACAAGAUGUCUUUCACCGAUGACACAAGAGUAGAACAUUACGUGUUCAAAUGUGAUAAAAUCCCUCUUCAUUGGGAUUUCAGUAUAAGAUUACGAGACAUCCACCAUUUCACCAACAAGUAUGAGCAAUUGUUAGAUGUGGUUGGAUUGGUUGUUAACGUCACAGAAUGUCGAAUUGUUGGAAAUCGAAAUUCUAUGGUUAGAGAUGUAGUGUUACUUGACCGAAGUAUGACGUUUGUUCGGCUUUCUUUAUGGAAUGUGUAG